AGGGGAUUCCACGGGGCCGCCGUCCACGCCAGGGUGCUGGGAGUGGAGGGCGAUCCUUGAGUGGCGUUGGGGUGGGUUUUUCCCCAUUGCGUCUGCAUCGAGUGAACGCCGGGUCAGGAACAAUCCAGAAGCCUUUGGGCAUCUUGGGGUUUGGUUUCUGGAGGGGGUGAGGAUCCAGACAACGAGCUAGCAGGGUCACUUGCAAACCGAUGGUGGAGGUGUCAUGGACAGAUCUAAAGAAAACUGCAUCUCGGGGUCUGUUAAGGCUACAAUUCCACUUGGUGGUCCGAAACGUGUUCUGAUUACCCAGCAGAAUCCGGGCUCUGCCAGCAGUGGCCAGGCCCAGCGGGUCCUGUGUCCUUCCAAUUCCUCCCAGCGCGUUCCUUCACAAGGCCAAAAGCUCGUCUCCAGCCACAAACCGGUGCCCAAGCAGCUGCAGACAACCAGCAUGCCACAGCCUGUCUCCCGGCCAGCCAGCAUCCCUCAGAAGAGCGAGCCGCCGCAGCCCCAGCCUGCAGCUCCUGGAAAUAAUUCUGAAAAGGAUCAGGCAUCGAAACAGAAAAACGAAGACUCAAAAAAGAGGCAGUGGACUCUGGAGGACUUCGACAUUGGCCGUCCGCUGGGUAAAGGGAAGUUUGGGAACGUUUACUUGGCGAGAGAGAAGCAGAGCAAGUUCAUCCUGGCCCUGAAGGUGCUGUUCAAGGCCCAGCUGGAGAAGGCGGGGGUGGAGCACCAGCUCCGGAGGGAAGUGGAGAUCCAGUCGCACCUUCGGCACCCUAACAUUCUCAGGCUCUAUGGUUAUUUCCACGAUGCCACCAGAGUCUACCUAAUUCUAGAAUAUGCACCCCUCGGAACAGUCUAUAGAGAACUGCAGAAACAGUCCAAGUUUGAUGAGCAGAGAACUGCUACGUAUAUUACCGAGCUGGCAAAUGCCCUGUCAUACUGUCAUUCAAAGAGAGUCAUUCAUAGGGACAUUAAGCCCGAGAACCUGCUCCUUGGGUCAGCUGGAGAGUUGAAGAUCGCAGACUUUGGGUGGUCCGUCCACGCCCCGUCCUCCAGGAGAACCACGCUGUGUGGCACCCUGGACUACCUGCCCCCCGAGAUGAUCGAAGGCCGGAUGCAUGACGAGAAGGUGGACCUGUGGAGCCUGGGUGUCCUCUGCUACGAGUUCUUAGUUGGAAUACCUCCUUUUGAGGCGCACACGCACCAAGAGACCUACAGGAGGAUCUCACGGGUGGAAUUCACAUUCCCUGACUUUGUGACGGAGGGAGCUCGGGACCUCAUUUCCAGACUGUUAAAGCACAAUGCCAGCCAGAGGCUGACGCUGGGGGAGGUCCUGCAGCACCCCUGGAUCUUGGCAAAUUCCUCAAAGUCAUCAAAUUGCCAGAAAAACAGAGAGAGCACUACCAAAUCAUCUUAAGCAGAGGGACCUGGGCCCGGGCUGCUGCACUUUCCGUGGGAUACCACUGUGACCUCCCUCCCUCCCGUUGACGGCUCGACUGCCCUUGGCUCACCACGUGGAGCCUUGCUGCCCAGGAACGCCCGGGCCAGAAUCGUGCUGCUUUUACUGGCUUAGUAAGUUGGCUGGAGCCGAGGUUUGACUGGAACUGUCCCCACAGCCCAUGCUGGGCAAGGAGUCCUGGUGGGAGGAAAGUUGAGAGUGUGGCUGUGGGGAAGGUGGCCACUGCCUUCUGCCUCACCUGCGCCGAGUGUGUGUGUAACUUAUUGGGUCACCAAGCCUAGAAAAGCUGUCGGAAUGUGUAUGUGUUUUUCUUUUAAAUGUUAAAAUAAAGAUUUGUACAGACUUUCACUUUUCCUUCUGUGGCCUCCCCUCGGGAGUGCUCUUGUUCCUCUGCCUUCUUAAGCCCAAUGGGACUCUGGUCCUCCUUAACCACUGUGUCACAUGGGAGCAUUGCUCUACCUCUGUUCUGAGACUUGAUUGGGACACAGAGACUGAGUGUCUUGAAGCUUCUCCUAAUGCUAAGGGCUCUUUCUUACGUUGGUGUUGUGCCUAUGUGUUAAAUCUAUGUUGAAUACAUGAAUGCAUAGUC